CCAUUGAAAUGGUCACACAAUUAUGUAAAAACGCGGUCGUACUGAGUGGUGGUAACGCAUUCUUAGGAGUCAAUCUUUGAUUUCUUCCCGGACCCUGCUGUUGUCAGAGCUCCAUCUAUAUAUUCAAACCUAGACUCUACACUUUCCUCAGUUUGCGUAUAUUCCGAUAUGGGGUUGCUUUAUCGUCUGUCAUGCUGUCUUCUUUGGGGGGUUUUCACAGUUGAACCUUUAUAAUCGUUGUUUAUCAACACAUAAAGUCACGACACGGUAUAUCGUUCCUCCUCCACCCUUCUUUCCCCCCUCCUUCUCUCCCGUUCGCCUCGUGUGGUCCAGUCCCACCCCUUGCCGUAUGGCAUUACCGUCCUCUACAAUACAAAGCUGUAUUCUCAGUACCUCCCCCGCUUCCUUUUGCACUGCACUCGAUCAGUCUCUGCGUCUCUGCCUACCUUCCUUGGCAUCCACUCUACCACCUCUCCAUCUGCGAACGGCUUUCACGGAUCCGAGCUCGCCCGAACCUCCCUAGAACACAUCGGGAUAUUUCUUCCUAUCUGUCGAACUCUCCCGUUUCCCCUCGGGUCGACUUGGUCACUCUGUUUCUCUGUGUCCUAAUGCUUACGAACUCGCCGAACCGAAGGAUUUCUCUCUCUUGAGCAUGAGAAGGACUGCCAACUCAUCCACAAUUCAACAUAUAAGAUUGAGCUACCAGAAUGCACACUGGAUACAUAUGCUCCAGCAAAAGUUUUCGGCCAGAAAACUAAAGCACCUUGGACCACAUAUUCCGAACACAGGGGAGAAUCAGUUUUAGGUCUCCACAUAAUGGAGCGAGAAUGAACAGAGAGCGGCUGAAAGAAAAGCAUGAACUGGAGGUUUAUUGAGGUCAUCUGCUUCCUGUUUAUAUGGGACCAUAUAACAGUUCAGUCUUCCCGCCAGGACCUGUCCGCCGCAGAUCAACAUGUCACCAAGCAGUUUGAUUGGCUCAUCUCCGACCGCGGACCUUUCCACCACUCUCGGAGUUACCUCUCCUUUGUGGAAAGAUUCCGCCAAGGAUUUACAACCAGAUAUAAAAUUUAUAGGGAGUUUGCGCGUUGGAAGGUGAGGAACACAGCCAUUGAGAGGAGGGACCUUAUCCGGAACCCCGUGCCGCUCAUGCCAGACUUCCAGCGCAGUGUCCGGUUGCUAGGGCGACGACCCUCCACUCAACAGUUCAUCGACACCAUCAUCAAGAAGUAUGGAACCCACAUCCUCAUAUCCGCCACCUUGGGAGGUGAGGAGGCAUUGACCAUGUACAUGGCCAAGAACAAGCUGGACAGAAAGUUGGUCAACGCCACUCAGAAUGUGGAGGCCCUGCACCAGCUGGCCUCCUCCUACUUCAUCGACCGAGAUGGCACCAUGAGGAAACUCCACGAGAUCCAGAUCUCCACCAACGCCAUCAAGGUGACAGAGACUCGUACGGGUCCCCUGGGAUGUAGCAGCUAUGAUAAUCUGGACUCAGUGAGCUCCGUCCUCCUGCAGAGCCCUGAGAGCAAGCUCCAUCUGCAAGGUCUCCAGGUCAUCUUUCCAGAGUACCUCCAGGAGAAGUUUGUCCAGUCGGCUCUGAGCUACAUCAUGUGUAACGGGGAGGGGGAGUACGUCUGCCAGAACAGCCAAUGUAUCUGCAUGUGUGCUGACGAGUACCCACAAUGCAACUGUCCUAUCACUGACAUCCAGAUCAUGGAGAACACCCUGCUUGGGCAGGCGGAGUCCUGGGCUACCUCUUACAAGGACUUUGAGAACUCAGAUGAGUUUAAGUCGUUCCUGAAGAGGCUGCCCUCCACCCACUUCCUGCCGGUCAGCAGUGUCCACCUCCUGUGGGGCAGUGACUGGGACCUGCAGGCCCGCUACCGCCUGCUCCAGAGCUCCCUGGAGACCCAGAGGCUCAAGAUCCAGCGCACCGCCCGCAAGCUCUUUGGCCUCAGCAUCCGCUGCCACCACAACCCCAACCACCAGAUGCCUAGGGAGAGGUCUGUGAUGCAGUGGCUGAACAGGGUCCAGUCCUUCCUCUACUGCAAUGAGAACAGUUUCUGGGGUACCUUCCUGGAGAGUCAGAGGAUGUGCGUGUGCCACACGGGUGUCACCCUAUGCCAGCGACCCAUCCCAUGUAUCAUCGGGGGCAACAACAGCUGUGCCAUGUGCAGCCUGGCCAACAUCUCUCAGUGCGGCUCCUGCAACAAGGGGUACAAGCUGUACCGAGGCCGAUGUGAGCCCCAGAACGUGGACUCAGAGCGCAGCGAGCAGUUCAUCAGCUUCGAGACCGACCUGGACUUCCAGGACCUGGAGCUCAAGUACCUGCUCCAGAAGAUGGACUCGCGCCUCUACAUCCACACCACCUUCAUAAGCAACGAGAUCCGCCUGGAGACCUUCUUCGACCCGCGGUGGCGCAAGCGCAUGUCCCUGACCCUGAAGAGCAACAAGAACCGGAUGGACUACCUCCACAUGAUCAUUGGGCUCUCCAUGAAGAUCUGCCAGAUGCGCAACAGCAGCAUCGACCCCAUGUUCUUUGUUUACGUGAACCCAUUCAGCGGCAGCCACUCAGAGGGCUGGAGCAUGCCCUUCGGCGAGCACGGCUACCCACGCUGGGAGAAGACGAGGCUGGGAAACUCCCAGUGCUUCAACUGGACCCUGCUGCUGGGCAACCGGUGGAAGACCUUCUUUGAGACGGUACACAUCUACCUACGAAGCCGUGCCAAGGUGCCCACUGGGUUGCGCAACGACACGGGCCAGGGUCCCGUGGACCUGUCCGACCCCAACAAGCGCCAGAUCUACAUCAAGAUCUCCGACAUCCAGGUGUUUGGUUACAGCCUGCGCUUCAACGCAGACCUGCUCCGCAGCGCUGUGCAGCAGGUGAACCAGUCGUACACCCAGGGGACCCAGUUUUACUCCUCCUCCUCCGUCAUGCUCUUGCUGCUGGACAUUAGGGAGCGGAUUAACCGCCUGGCCCCUCCAGUGGCACCCGGGAAACCCCAGCUGGACCUGUUUUCCUGUAUGCUGAAGCACAGGCUCAAGCUGAACAACAGCGAGAUGAUCCGGGUCAACCACGCCUUGGACAUGUACAACACAGAGAUACUGAAACAAUCAGAUCACCUGACUACCAAACUCUGCUGAGAUACAGUAAACAAACAAACAAAAAGAAGAUUAAACAGACACUACAAAUAGAACUGUUUGGGGUUAUUCCUUUUUAUUUAGUUGAUUUUUCCCCCCCCUUUUUGGACCUUUUUGUUCUGCCUUUUGAUGUAUUAUUAACAACUUUGUAAUUGUAAUUGUUAAACUGAAACUCAAAAAGGCAGUGAUGAAGCCUUUUAGUUGGAUAAAGAAGAAGAUUAAUGAAAACCACUUUAAAGACUGUACCAUAUUUUGUCCCAGCAUGUCUGUCAUUUCCUAAAAGAGCAUAAAGAGAAAAAAAUAAGAAAAACUAUUAAAUUCAUCUCCUGGUGACAAAGAGGCCUUUAUUUUAGUCUGAGGGAACAAAGGUUAUAUCUGAAACUGCCAUUCUUUACUGAGUAAAACAUUUUUAAAGAUAUAAUAAAGUUGCAUAAGGGCAGACCAGAUAUCAUCCUUUUAUUUCAGUUAAUGUGCUUAAUCAACAAACAAAAUAUUACAAACAUGUAAAAUGACAGUUUAAUACAGUAUGAAGGCAUUCAUACAUUGUAUGGGUAAAUAGCCCAGCAAGCAAAUACUCUAAGCAUUAGCUAUAUAGUCUCUUUAUAACAUUAAAAACCCAUGACAAGUCUGCAUCCCUCUCUUUGUGAAGUAAGGUUUAAGGCACGUUGUUGCUGUACUUAAAGCAUUGGCACACGACCGUGGCAGCGGAUAUUCAUUUCAUGUCAAAUAACGGAAACCAGCUGUUUAUAUAUGUGUAUACCUUUAUUUAGCUUGAUGCUUAUUGCUGUUCGUUAAUUGAAUGUGUCAUUUGAGAGUGAGUGAAUCCAGUCUAAGCUGAAACUUGUCUUUGGGCGCUACCUCCCAUGCUUGAAAUUCUACAGGCAUUUCUUAUGAGGUGGUUUCUUCUGGUGCCUGAGUGCAAUAUCGUGGUCUGAAGAUGAACAAUCAAUGCUAUUUCGUACAGCUUUGCAAAACGUACACCUUGUGACUGCUGAUGUGUCAAGCUUUUCGGCACCAAGAGCAAAUUUGAACAUCAAUCAUUCACGUACAUCUGCAACAGACACCAUAAAAGCCAUACAUUUCCCUGAGGUAAACAUAAGGCAUGGAAUGCCCUGUGAUACAUUUUUCUAAAACAUGAAAAAUGUCCCAUUCGUGUAUUUUAUGUUGUUGUUAUUUCCCCCAAAUUCAUUUCAAAUGGAGGAUAACACAGUGGACAGAGAGAGUGUAUUCUGUGGGAUUAUGGGAUGACAUUGUAAAGCCAUUGGAUUUCUAUUUCUAUUAACUAGAGUGAACCCUUAUGGGAAACGGUUAUAUAAAAGCUUCAAAUACUUCUGUUGAUUUUAAUCUGUAAAUCUACUUUCUACCAUAUGUACUUUUUUUUUUUUCAUGCCACGUUGGAUCUUAACUUUGAAUGACCAUGCAAAUCAGAUUGAACCCUCUGACAAGAGGCUGUUUAACCUUUCUAGGCAUACUUUAUCGAAAGCACUGGCAUGACAUAUGUUUAUAGCUAUACAUAGCUACAUAAUUAAACAUAGUAUCAAACAUCAUACUAUCUCAGAACUGUAAAGGACCACUACCUACAUUAUUAGUGUUAUUAGUGUCAUUAUUAUUAUUAUUAUUAUUAUUAUUAUUAUUAUUAUUAUUAUUAUUAUUAUUAUUAUUAAGUGCCUGUUACAUAUCCCUUUAACAUAUUUAGAGGAGGGAAAUUGCUCUUAGUUUAGUUACUGUAUACAGUAAAAACACAUUACCACACAAGAUAAAGACAUUCAAAAGAAUUCAGCAACUCAGACCACAUCAAUGCAGAUCUGUCCCUCAUCUCUGAGCCUGAGAUACAUGUUUUCUAGCUAAAGCCCUGCUGGUUUGUGCAUGUGGUAAAAUUACCCAUCAUCAAGAGAUUGAAGUCUCAAUUUCCUGACACUGUCUCUCCUAUGUACAUUAUAUCUGUAAAUAGCAACUUAGUGUUGGUAUAGUUAUAACAUCAAAGACUACGUAAAUCAUAGCAAUUCCAAGAGAACAAAAGAGGCCAAUAUUAAUGAGAAUACCCACAAUUACUGUUGGUGUACAUUUGCACAAAUUACAAAUACACUCCAUUCUUAAGAAUUACUUCAUUAUGAAUAUCAGCGAGGGAUGGCAAUUUCUGACGGUUUUAAUCAAAGUAUACUAUAUGAAAUAUGAGUUAGUUUUGACCACGGCAUACAUGAAACAAGCACACAUUUGCUAUAUCAGCAUAACAUCCCUGCAAUGUCGCAUAUACCCAUGGAUACAUUUGAUUGAAUAUACAACUCCUAAUAUCUUGCCUAUGUAAUUUUUGCUGUUAUGUUGAAAUCAUUAUAUCAGCUUAUUUCAAAUGAAUGUUUCAUAUAAUAAUCAAUUUCUCAUUAAAAGGCUAUAUUUAUGUGGAAUAG